GUUAGGUUUGAAACUAAAUUUGACAAAUUUUGACAAUUUAGGUUCAUUUGAUUAAAAUUAUAAUAUCAACUACGAACAUUUUGAUACUUGAAAGUAAUUAUUAUUAAUUAUUAGGAGUAUUAAGUAUUUUUUACCAAUUUAAAUUAGUAUGGCUACAGCUACUGAAAAUGAUGAAUUGGUCAUUUGUCCUGUGUGUGAUAGGUAUUAUGAAAAACAAAACAUAGAAAAACAUGUAGAUAAAUGUAUUUUUCUUAAUACUUUACCAGAGAAAAGUCCGAAGAGAGGUGGAUCUCACUUGGAGGAAAAUACGCAACAGAAAAAGAUUAAAUUACUUCCCGGUGUUUUAAGCAGUACUUCACAACCAAAGACAUCAGCAACACAAGCAAAAUUAAGUCAAACACACACACUCACAAGUAAAGUGACAUCUCCGGAACAAACCAAAUCUUCCAAUGAUACUAAACAUAUUCCUUUAGCAGAGGCCAUGAGGCCCAAUGUUCUAGAUGAUAUUGUUGGACAAACAGAGUCAUUUGGUGUGGGAUCCAUGAUCCACUCCAUGCUCAUGAAGAAAAUAAUACCUAAUAUGAUAUUGUGGGGUCCACCUGGGUGUGGAAAGACAUCCAUUGCAAAUGUUAUUGCAAAAAUUUGUGCCACGGAAAGUGAUUUGAGAUUUGUUAAAUUGUCUGCAACUAUGUCUGGAAUUAAUGAUGUCAAAGAGGCAGUAAAGGUAGCCAAAAAUGAAGCAUGUUUCAAAAGACGAACAGUUUUGUUCAUGGAUGAAAUUCAUAGGUUUAACAAACUGCAACAAGAUACAUUUUUGCAACAUGUAGAAAAUGGAACAAUCACUCUCAUUGGUGCCACUACGGAGAACCCAUCAUUUAGUUUAAAUAAUGCCUUAUUAAGUCGCUGCAAAGUUAUAGUCCUUAGCAAAUUGUCAGUGGAUGAAGUUUGGCAGAUAUUAGAACGUGCUGUGUUAAGGAAUAACUUAGCAGUUGUUGUUGAUAAUAUAGAUGAUAAGUUAAAUGAUGAAGAUAUUGGAGACAAAUGGGUAAUAGAAAGAAAAUCAAUGCGCUGGCUUGCAGAAAUAUGCGACGGAGAUGCAAGAAUCGCCCUUGGCGCUUUGGAACUAGUAUUAAAUGCUGGCCCUACAGGGACCACAACGUCUAAUAGAAAGCUAAUAAGCUUAGAAGAUUUAAAAAGAGGAAUAAAGCGAUCGCACAUCCUGUACGACAGGCACGGCGAGGAGCACUACAACGUGGUGUCGGCGAUCCACAAGUCGAUCCGCGCGGGCGACGACAACGCGGCGCUGUACUGGACGACGCGCGCACUGCACGGGGGCGAGGACCCGCUAUUCCUCGCGCGCCGCCUUGUGCGCGCCGCGGCCGAGGACAUCGGCCUAGGUGACCCGAGCGCGCUAGUGGAAGCGGUGGCGUGCCUGCAGGGCUGUCAGCACAUCGGCAUGCCAGAGUGCGACGUGUUGCUUGCCCAGUGUGCCGUACGCCUCGCGCGUGCCGACAAGAGUACCGAGGUGUACCGCGCCAUGAAGCGAGUGCAGGCAACCCUAAAAGAACACAAGGGUCCUCUGCCGCCGGUGCCGCUGCCCUUGCGAAACGCGCCGACUAAACUUAUGAAAGAUUUGGGAUAUGGUAAAGGCUAUAACAUGAGGCAUCGCGACAGUUCUGGUAUUUGCUACAUGCCAGAAGGUACGGAACAUGUAAAUUUUUUUAAUGAAGAUGGUUAGAGUUGAGAAGAGCAUUUAACUAUUAUUCAAUAAAAAGAAAAAAAAACAUACA